AUAUUCUUUAAUCAGAUCAUACGUGAAUGAAUUAUAUUUAAAAAGUAACAUUUAAUAGUGUAAGUGGAAAUAAAAAAACCUCAAGAUGACGAAGAUUUGUGAUUUCAAAGCAAUUUUUUACAUUUUUGUUGUUCUAUUCAUUGCGACUGUUUCAACGCAAAAUCUAUCACCAGCAUUAUGUGGAGGAUUGCAUUCAGGUGUGGAUCGGUGUAAGGAAUGUUCUGAUAAUCAAACAGUGCUAGUAAAAGCACAACCAUUGCCAAAACCUUUUGUAAUUGACUCAACUACGAGUCAAAUGAAUCAAAUGAAAUCACGUCCAACUCAAGCAUGGAGACGUGGUUUAAAACUUCUUCAAAACCGUCUUCGAGUUCCCACCAAACGUCAUAGGCCACUUCUAAGGAACUUAGUGGUACCGGAAACGGAACCUAUCGGUUUUGAAAGAACUGUACAAUAUGCGCCUCAGAUUCAACAAGCCCAAGUAAAAGUUCCAAGUGUCGACCCAAAUGUUAAACUUGCUCCCAGAUUUCAUCCAAUUGGUGACCUCUGUUAUAAAAAAGGAAGCAAGCCAGAACCAGUUCAUAGAUUAGCAGAAACAAUGAUCAUAACUCCAGCUAAUCCACCAAAAAUUGAAUGCUACACAGAGUCAUCUCCUGUGAUGCCUUUAGGUUCUGCGAGAUUUAAUACAAUGUUACAAAGCCAAACAAUUUCUGGUGAUUCUAAUAGUCAAAUUCCACAAUUAUUAAGUGGAUCUUCAGUAACUAAUUUCGGACGUCAACGAACUAAACUUAAUAAUAAACCAAGAGGUGGUUUAAUUAGCGUUGAUAAGACAAUGAAUACCAACUCUGCUGGUAGUGAUAUCAGAAUGAGAGGUCUUGUAGUCAAUCUUAACGAACAAAAUUCGAAUCUAGUUAGAACAAAUAGAUUCAGGUCUAAUAUGAUGAGUUCUGGAUUUAUGGUUAAUAAUCCAGUGAAUAGAGGAUUAAAUGUCUAUUCUGGAAAUUCAGCAGUUGUUGGAGUCGCCCCACAAAUAAGUGGAGUUCAAAAAACAUCAUAUGUACCAAGUCCAAGAACCUUCCUAUUUGGAGGCACUGCUGUACCACUUAGUAGGAAUAGCGACGCAGGGUUUAUUGUCAACAGAGGCAACAUAGAAAAUAGUAUUGGAGCUUUUAAUGAAGAAUCCAGUCAACCACCUUCAAUGGACAGUCCUGCUGAUUUAGUAUCAGUAGCUUUGUUAUACAAAAAUAGGAUAGAAUCAUGUAAACAAGCAGCUGAAAAUGUUGGAGGCAUUAAUCCUAUUUCAAAUGCAAAAAUACCUGAAGGAAAGAUAUCGUAUGGUCCAGAAACAAUACCUAUUAAUGGUCAAGUAGAUGUGAUAUCAAAAGAAAUUCCAGAAGAAAAACUUCAUGUUUCUGAAAAACCAGUUAUUGAAUUGAAUCUUCAGAAAUCUUCAGACACUUUACGUUCUUUUGAAGGACCAACAAAGCCAGUUACUUACAACGAAUUAGGUUUUGUAGAAAAAACAUAUGACACUCCAAGAUUCCAAGAAAAAUCAGUAGUUUACGAAUCACCUGUAAUUAAUCCAGAACAAAGUAUAGAUGAAGAAGAUUCAGAUGAUUCAGAAUAUAACAUUCGAUAUCCAGUUGCCUCGAGAACUAUCGUAGGAGAACUUGUCCGAAGUGAACCUAUACCAUCAGAAUAUGGACCUACCAAUCCUAAUUUUCCAUUCAGUCUUUUGGAUAAACCUGCUUAUCAACCAGUUCAAUCAUGGUCCCAAAAUAUAAAUGAACAACCAAAACUACGGACUUAUUUGGCAACAAAUAAAAAUGUUGGCCAUUUAAUUACGAAUACUCCAAUGUUGCCACAAUCUAGGAAUCCAGAAAUUUGUUAUUGUAAUAGGAAAUAAUUAUUUAGACAAAAAAUUGUUAAAAGUCAGUGUAAAACUAGAAUAUUGUUUUAAAAUAAAUUUGUUUGAAUGAUAAA